AUCCAGGCCUUCCGAUCAGUAGUGCCUUGGGAACGGACCCUUAAAUCCAACGGCCACAAUCAUCUCAACUGCGGUCUACUCGCGUAUAUGUGCCCUUGCUCAUUGCGACACAGGGCCCUUCCAAUUUCAGGAUCGGGGUUAGGGUUUCUCCGGCUUCGCCUCAUAUAUCUCUUUCUCGUCUACGGUUUGUAGGGUUUUUGAUCUAGCGCUUCGAUUGAGAGAUGGUGAGAGAACGAGAGUCCCAGCAGCAGCAGCAGCAGGUCUCGUACACGGUGGAGCAGCUCGUUGCCGUGAACCCUUACAACCCCGACAUCCUCACCGAUCUCGAGAACCAUGUCAAUGAACAGGUUUCUUCUCAAACAUACAGUUUGGAUGCAAAUCUUUGCCUUCUUCGGCUUUAUCAGUUUGAGCCAGAACGGAUGAGCAUCCCAAUUGUAGUUCGGAUUUUGAUCAAGGCUCUCAUGGCAAUGCCAGCACCAGAUUUUAGCCUUUGUCUCUUCUUGAUUCCCGAACAAGUGCAAAUGGAGGAGCAAUUCAAGACACUGAUUGUCCUCUCUCACUAUCUAGAGACUGCAAGAUUUCAUCAAUUUUGGGAUGAAGCUGUGAAGAACCGCAGCAUACUUGAAGUUGUUCCAGGUUUUGAGCAAGCAAUCCAAGCUUAUGCAAUUCACGUCCUCUCCUUAACAUACCAGAAAGUACCCAGGCCUAUACUUGCAGAGGCCAUCAACAUUGAAGGUCUCUCCCUGGACAAGUUUCUGGAGUACCAGGUGGCCAACAGUGGCUGGGCCCUUGAGAAGGGUCAUGGCCGCUCCCAGCUUAUCGUCCUCCCCCGCAAUGAGUUCAACCACCCAGAGCUCAAGAAGAACGCAGUGGACAGUGUCCCGCUCGAACACGUUACCCGCAUCUUCCCCAUCCUGAGUUGAAAAGAUGGUUAGGAUUCAACACUUAUGUGUUGCACUCGAAGCUGAUGCAGAAUCCAGGUGUAUCGAGGACCUCUCUGAUGUAAUGGUACAGUUGCUGUGCUUUGCAAUCUUGGCUUAUAGGAUAAUUUGGAUGGACCCCAUUUUUGUUACAAACAAUAUAAGCCAAAUCUAUCCAGAAUAUGAGCGAUCCUAGAGUAUGUUAAGUGUGUUGGAUUUUGAUGAGCAUCCUGGAAGUGUUGUUGUUUCUACUUGCAGGGAUAUUGCGACCCAAUGCAUCAAACAGGUUUUCUUUAUUUAUUUUUAAUGCCCCUCUCAGUAGAAGAGACUUCCCUUUUCUUGC